AUGAUUUCCAAAGCCAACGCUUUGGUUAAGCUACGAUUCCUCUUCUUUCCACCGCAAGAUUUGUUCUUACUUCCCAGGAAGCCGGUUUCAAAAACCUUGCUUUUCUUCACGACCGCCACCUAUUCGACGAAAAGCCCCAGCCAAGUUGAAAGAGCAGGAGAAGAAGUUAUAGGCCAUCCAAAGAACUAUAUUGAAGUUUUGACUAAAUGGGGCUUUAGUGAGAAUGAUAUACGGAAGAUAUCUGUCUGCCGGCCUUCUUUACGCAAGGCAGACGUUGCCCACCUUCAAUCCAAAUUGAACACUCUAAGUGGCUUGGGCAUCAGCCGUACUGACCUUGUGAAGAUCAUCAAUUGUCGCCCCCGGUUGCUAAAUUGUCGAAUCAGUCAAAGCUUUGACGAGCAGCUGAAGUUUUUGGUGACGUUGUUUGAGUCUAGGGAAGAGCUCGUUAGAGCAAUUGUCAGGAACCCUUCUCUCUUGACAUAUGACGCUCACAAUAGGAUCAAACCUGCUAUUGCAAUGUAUGAAGAGGUGGGUGUCAGUAAAGUGGACUUGAUUCAUAUGCUCCGGACCUGGCCUACAAUGAUAAACCGGACUUCAUUUGAUGAAGAGAAGAUGGAAUAUAUACGCAAAACCGGGAUUUCCCACGAUUCCAAGAUGUAUAAAUAUGUUGUUACAGUCAUUGGCAUCUCACGCCAGGAAACCAUCCGUCAAAAGGUGGCAAAUUUUGAAAAGUUGGGGCUCACUGAAGAAGAAAUAUUCAGGCUUUUUGGAAGGCUCCCCCUUGCGUUGACACUCUCGGUUGACAAAGUACAGAGGAACAUGACUUUCAUUUUGGGCACGUUGAAGCUUCCUGCUGGCGUGGUCGCUCAGCGCCCAUAUCUACUCUACUCUAAUCUGGAGACCGUGUUGAAGCCACGAGUACUUGUUGCAGAAAAGAUGCAGGAAAUGGGUCUGAAUUUGCGGAGCAAGGGAGCCACAUUGCUGACGGCACUGAAGAUGACAGAGAAGAGCUAUUUGAAGGCGUUUGUUGAGUGUCAUCCGGAGGAUGUUGCCAAUGAGUUGAUGGAGUUUUAUAGAAAUGCAAAAGGUGUCAAGCGAUUGGCAGAAGCCUCAAAGAAAAACAUUCUUAAGGGAUUCCCUUUCUGA